AAUGCAUUAAGCAUGUGAGAAAGAAAAAAAUGAUUCCUAGGGACCACUCACUUCCCUCCCACGAUUUCAAAACAAAUUUACAAUGUGAAGUCUAAUCACAUCCACACAGAUCACAACACUUCGUCACAAAAUGGCGCCGUACCUCACGCUCCUUUUCUUAUUCACAACCAUCAUCUCCGCCACCACCGCCGCAACCGGUUACAAAAAUCACACAGUUGGCGGCACCUCCGGCUGGCUUUUCAACUCCUCCACCAACACUUCCGCCACCAAUUACUCUUCUUGGGCUUCCUCUCAAUCUUUCAACCUCGGCGAUUAUCUCAUUUUCAACACGAAUUCAAAUCAGAGCGUGAUUCUCACGUACAACAAAACCGCAUACACGAGCUGCACCGCAGACGACUCCGACGUUGGAACAUUCAUCUACAACGGUGGAACCAAUAAUUUCAGCGAAACGUUGACUAUUCCCGUUCCGUUGACUAUUGUGGGACCCAACUACUUCUUCUCCGAUACCAAUGAAGGUGUUCAGUGUCAACACGGUUUAGCAUUUCAGAUCGAUGUUCAGCGUGGUAUAGGAUUGCCGCCGAGUCUAAAUCAACCUCCUCCGCCGCCGUACGCGGAGCCGCCUGGUGCCGAUAGUGUUGAUUCUCCGCCGAUUACGAUCCCGCAGACACCUAGCGGUGGCGCGUUUGCGAGACGCGUUGAUGUGCGCGUGGUGGUUUAUGGGUUUUGUGUGGCGAUGUUACUUGUGAAAUUUUGGUGAUGCAUUGGUUAAGUUCACUUUUAGAUUCUUACAGGUUAGAUCAUCUUCAGAUGGACAAGAGAAUCACUUACUUGUACUUGUACUUGUUUUUGUUUUAUUUUAUUUAUUUAUAUUAUAUAGUUUAUUUGAGUUUAAUUAA